UGUACUGCGUCCGCAAUACACGGCGGGGGACACGCGGAGGACGCGGUCCGGCGGUAUAUAGCAGACCCUGCAGCAUCCAGACUUCAGUUGCCUGAUGAAGGCUAGCAGCACUAGCAGCCGAAACGUCGCUACCAGCAACUUUAACUUUGUUGGCGUUUGUAUUUUGUAUAUCAUAAAGGUUUUAUAAUGGUUCUGAAGAAGUAUACAUAUAGGUUAAAUCACCCUGUAUUUUUCUGGCUACACUUCAGCAUGACUGUUUUCAAUUAGACCUUUUGGUAACUGGGGGUAUGUUUAAUAAAGCAUGGAGGAAGGAAAAGACGUUACCGAUACCGUACAAGGCCGUCACGGCUUUCAGUGAAGGGUAUAAGACACGAUCACGUUUAAACAUGCACCAUUGAAAGUGUAUUACAAAACUUGUCGAUUUGUAUUAAUCAAAUUUGGGUCAAUUUGAGGGAUUUUUUUAAUUAUUAUUAUUAUUUUUCCUAGUGACCUGGAACUAGUGUCAUAACUGAUAACCAAGUAUUCUUUGACCAUGCAUGAAUUUAUUGACCAGCUAUACCUUCGACUGUGUGCGCCGGGCCUCGGUCUUCAUUCCUGUUGUUAUCCAUUCCUACUUCUUGAAACUUUAAGUUUCUAAAAGGUAUGAACUACAAGUAAAAACUCUAAAACUUCAUCGAAGCAAGAUAAUUGAAGAUGGCGCUCGUUUGCUCAAUUUGCCACGAAGUCCCUGAGCACCCUGUGUUGUCAACGGUGUCCAACCAUGUCUUUGAGCGUCGACUCAUUGAGAAGUUUAUCGCUGAGAAUGGAGUUGAUCCAAUCAAUGGGGAGGUUCUGUCCGAGGACCAGCUUGUAGAUAUUAAAGUGAGCCCCUUGGUCAAGCCGCGCCCACCCACUGCCACCAGCAUCCCAGCCAUCUUGAAGUUGCUGCAGGAUGAGUGGGAUGCGUGCAUGCUGCACAGCUUCACCUUGCGCCAGCAGCUGCAGACAGCCCGGCAGGAGCUGUCCCACGCCCUGUACCAGCAUGACGCGGCCUGCCGUGUCAUUGCCAGACUCACCAAAGAGGUCACAGCUGCUCGUGAAGCUCUGGCUACCCUGAAGCCCCAGGCCGCACCAGGCAUGGUCCCCGCCCAAAUCGCUGCCCUUCCAGCAGGUGCUGCCCAGGGUGUGGUUAGACACGAACCCAUGGAAGCUGCUGAGCCAGGACCGGCAGCCAUGACAGAAGACAUCAUACAGAAGCUUCAAGAGAAGGCCAACCUGCUGACUGCAGAGCGUAAGCGCAGAGGCAAGAAAGUUCCGGAUGAGCUCAUGCCCCCUGAUGACAUCAGGUCCUUCAGGACCCAAUCCUCUCACCCAGGUUUGCAUAGUGCCAGUGUACCAGGUAUCUUGUCCAUGGACCUCCAGGCCUCAGAUACAUCAAAGGUGUUGACAGGUGGUGCGGACAAGUCGGUUGUUGUUUUCAACAAGGACACAGAACAGGUGACAGCCGUCAUGAAAGGUCACAACAAGAAAGUCACCAAUGUCAUUUAUCACCCAACAGAGGAAAUCGUGUUCAGCUCCUCUCCGGACACGACGAUCCGCAUCUGGUUUGUUGGUAAUGCCUCCUGCCAGCAAGUCAUCCGUGCCCACAAUGCUCCGGUCACAGGUCUGAGCCUGCACGCCACGGGUGACUACCUUCUGAGUUGCUCUGAAGAUCAGCACUGGGCAUUCUCUGACAUCGCAAGCGGUCGCGUGCUGACCAAGGUCACUGAUGACUCCAUCGGGCAUGCUCUGACAUGUGCCCAGUUCCACCCUGAUGGUCUGAUCUUUGGCACAGGAACCGGCAGCAGCAUCAUUAAAAUCUGGGAUUUGAAAGAGGGCACCAACGUGGCCAACUUCCCCGGCCACUCGGGACCCAUCACUGCCUUGGCCUUCUCCGAGAACGGCUACUACCUGGCGACUGCCGCCGACGAUGCCGUGGUCAAGCUGUGGGAUUUACGCAAACUGAAAAAUUUCAAGAAUAUUACCCUAGAUGAUAGAUACGAGGUGAAGUCACUGUGCUUUGACCAAAGUGGAACCUACUUGGCUGUAGCUGGCACUGAUCUGAGAGUUUACCUCUGCAAACAGUGGCAGGAACUCAAGGUUUUCUCAGAUCACACAGACAUGACAACUGGUGUUCGAUUUGGCCAGCACACAACCUUUGUAUCUUCCGUCAGCAUGGAUCGCAGCCUCAAGUUCUAUGGGCUCUGAUUGGUGAUUGACUUACACGUAGAGGUUUGGCUUGAUCCAUGGCAAUUCCCGGACCAUGGUGCCGUUACUUGAAAAUUAGACGAUUGUUGAGUAAUUAUGAAACAUGGAUUUUUUUUUUAUUUAGUAAGCAACCAUUAGAAGCCUAUCUUUGUAAAUCUGCAGAUCAGACGUAAUGUCAGUGUACAGUGUCUUCUUUCCCAAGAGAGAUUUGAGGGCGUUGUACAUUGUUACCUUCUUUUCUUGCUAUUGUUUCACCGUACAGAACCAGUACUUAGUCAAAACUGUCUGUUCUGCUUAAAAGUCAAAUGUCCUGGCACUGCUCAUUCAAGUUUUGUUUUGUAAUUGUGACCCACGAUGCCCAAACCAGGCUGAAGUAGGUAACUUCACAACCCUAAAAUA